AUGUCGUUUCGCGGCGACGACCAGCGUCGUUACGGCUCUAUCCCGCCUGUCCAGUAUCCUAUCUCGGCACAGUAUUCCGCGCAUCAACAGCACCAGCCACCACCACCACCGCAGCAGCAGCAGCAGCAGCAGGAUCUCGGCAGGCGGCCCAGCUUCAAUACCGGCGACGACAGAAACUCCAGCGCUUACUACUCUCACCACCAGGCCGCCGCUGUCGAUGGCAACGGGCCCGUCUUUGCUCAUGCCUCCGCCCCCGCUGGCGCCGACGAGCUCUUCCUCAACAGUCCCGCCACUACCGCCUCCUCCUCGACCAGCCCGCUCGCCGGCUUCCAGCAUCGCUUUCAGGAUACAGUUCCCCAGCCGCACGCCGCCGUCGCUACCACCUACAAUCCCCAGACUUUUGUCGGCAACAACGGCACCACCUCCAGCGCCUUCACCAGGUCACAGUCCACCACCAGCUACUACUCGCACGCGGCAGCCUCCACUGCCUCCGUAUACGGCGGCGCUUCCCCGCCGACGUCGUAUACGCCCCAGUCCUACAACCCGGCCGCCUACGCUGCCCAAGCCGCCAAUGCACCCCAGCGACAGGCCACCUACCACGGCUAUAGCAGCUACGAUACCUCGAGCACCUAUGGACAGUCGCCCGCCGCAACCUACUCGCCCUCCUUCUCCCAAACGGCCCAUUCCCCUGGCCUGUCUGGCUAUCAGUACUCGACCCAGAGUCCAACGACGUCCUAUACAUCGUCCCAGAUUCCUGCCCCGACCUACGAUCCAUCCCAGUACGAUCCAUCUCAGUACGAUCCAUCUCACUAUUCAUCAACAUCAUAUCAGUAUCCUUCAAAUGGCGUGGAUCAGCAAAUGCAAUACCCCGCUGCGACUGCGCCCUAUCCAACGGCAUCGCAUAUUCCUGUUGGUCCAGCGUACGUCUCCAACGACCAAUCAUCAUAUAACAACCAACCCGUAAGGCCUGUCUCUCAGUCUUCUCAGGGUGGUGCCAGCCCAUACGUCCAGCCUCUUGGCUCUCCUGGUCUGCGGCGCCAUCCCACCAAUGCCCCGCUUCCCAGCCGGCCUGGCGAAUCAACCUGGAAUUCGUCAGCGACAGACAGCAGCGAGCAGCGCAUCACCACCGAUAGCAUUCUCGAGGAGAUUGAAAACACCUUUGGCGAGACGACGAUAUCGGGUCGUCCGCGGCCCGCGCCCAUCGAUGGUCGCACAGCCGAGGAUCAAGCGCGCAUGUUUCGCCAAUUCAAUUCCAACCCCGCCACACCUGGGUUCCCCGACGAGAGACGCUCCUCCAACCAGUCCCUCACCAACGGCAUCGACGACGACGAGGCCGCAGCCGGCGCCAUUGCUCUCCAGGAGGCAAAUGCAAGCAUGGGCGAGCCGCACUACUCAAGAGGCUUUGCUUAUGCCGACAUGCCCACCAUGCCCACUAUGCCAGACGAAAAUAAUCUCCCUGCCCACCCCGAAGAGCAGGACUAUAGCAGCGACGAUAGCGAAUUUGCGGGCAUCGACUUGGCCGGCCUCUCAGGUGGAUACGGAUACACUGGCAACUUGACCUAUGGCAGCAUGGAAGCGCCUCCGCCACGUACGUCUUCCAGCCAACGGCCGCUACCGACACCGACAACAUACUUGGAUAAUCUGCCGCUUGGAUAUCAAGACGCACCCCCUGUCAAGCAGGUCGAGAUUGACUAUGGCGACACUGGCGGUCUUCAGCUGCCCACGCGCCGAAGCUUCGACUCUGGCCCGGACCGUGUUUCCCUCAAUUCGCACCAAAGCGGUGGAGAGUCACCCGUCCAAGAAGAGUAUCAGGACUUGUUCUACCAUCCCGGCCUCACCAACAGACCUCUUCCGCCACCGCCCGGCUCCUCAGAUAGCAGUUCUUUACUGUCAACGCAAAACAGCCUUCGCCAACCUCAGCGACCGCACUCGCACUCUGUCGACACGGAUGGACGAUCUUUGCGGCCUGAUGGCCCAGAGUCCUACUACAGUGGUGCAAACCAGCUUCUUCAACCCGAGCGGUCCAUCUCUCUCUCCAGCCACAGCAAUGCCCCAGCCGUACAGCAACCUAUUCGCUCCAAGACUGAUGCCGCCGAAGACAGAAGGAGGCAGGGUCAUCACCGCCAGGCUUCGUCAUUUGCUGCACUAGGUCCAGUCGACUAUGGCACAUCUGGGGCAUUUGACGGCAUUACGCUACCCACCGGACGCAAGAAGAAGUUCGCGCCUGCGAAGCUCGUACCCGCUGACUUUUUGCGCUGCGCAGAGCCCUGGGCGCUUAGCAACAUCGAAACCUGGAUACGCGAGAUGGCACUUGGUGAAGCUGAUCUGAAGAGCAAAACCGUCGAGGACGGCCUGACCGCUCUCUUCACGUUCAAGGUGCCUAGAAUGAAUGUGGCAGAUGCCGAGGUUCUCAGCAGUUCCGUCCUUGCUAGUAUGCUCCACGCCGGCGUUCUCUUACACGAGGAGGAAUGGGUCAAAUUUGGUGACGGGCAGAUAUCUGGCGUCCUGUGGCAGCUCACCGGAAAGGGUUGCUAUGCUCCCAAGCUGCACGAAUAUGAUACGCCGGGUCGAUGCUAUUCGAUGCACUGCACCCGAAUGGUUAGGAAGGUGGACUGGGACAUAUUCACCGAAGAGUCUAAACCGACAGAUGCCUGGCACACAUUCUAUGAUGUCUCACCAGCAGACAUGGAAUCCAAACCCAAAAAGGAAGUCAUGCGCCAGAAUAACCUACACGAAAUUGUCACUGGUGAAGAGAACUACGUGAAGCAGCUCGACAUUUUCCGCACACUCUACCGCGACGAAUUGCGCACCCGACAGCCUCCGAUCAUUCACCCCGACAGGCGAGACAAGUUUUUGGCCAGCGUCUUUGGCAAGGUCGACUCUGUGCUAGACAUCAACAAGGGUCAUCUGCUUGCCCAGCUCAAGUACCGUCAGCAGGAGCAGGGCCCGUGGAUUGUCGGCUUCAGCGACAUUUUCCGUGAAUGGAUCCGUAAAGCCAAAAAGACCUACAUCGAGUAUGCCAGUACCUAUGAGACCGCCGACUACAUGGUUCGUAGGGAAAAAAUGCGUAACCUACUAUUCAAAAAGUUCUUGGAAGAUCAGCAAAAGCACAAGUCGUCACUGAAGCUACCGUGGAGCCAUUUUUCAUUGUUGCCCCUCCAACGCCUGCAACGAUACACUUUGCUGCUGAAGACUGUCGAACAACACAUGAUUGGAGACAGCGAGGAAAAGACCAACCUGCAGAAGGCCAUCCAGGAGAUCGAGGCGGUUACGCAAGAGUGCGAUGCAAGGGUCGCAGAGACAAAAAAGCGUGUCAAGAUGAUGGAGCUCGAUCGCAAGCUUGUUCUGCGUCCUGGUUUCCAAUCCGUCUUGCACCUCAAUCAUCUCGGUAGAGCCCUGAUCCACGAGGGCGGUUUGCAGAGACUGAGCUCCAAAGGCAUGCGAUGGGUGGAGACGCACGCGCUGCUCUUUGACCAUUACUUCAUCCUCGCUAAGGUGGUGCACAGCAAAGACGACAAGGAAGAUGACAAGUACGACGUGUCCCGCGAGCCCAUUCCCAUGCCGCUUCUCUUCCUAGAGAGCAACAACGACGAGCCCAUCAUCAAGCAAAAGGGUAUUACGGCGCCCCUAGGUCGCACGGCCCCUGCUGGCGCCGCUGGUCAGCAGCUCAGCAAGGUCACCAGCAACGGCAGCGGAAGACCUGGGCUAGAGCAUACCUCCACGGGCUCGUCCGGGACGAUACUAACGCAGACGCAAUCCACCGACGUCCCUGAGGGUAAGAUACUCUACCCCUUCAAGGUGAAGCAUCUAGGUCACGAAGUCUUCACGUUGUAUGCGUCAUCCUUAUCCCACCGCACUGAAUGGUGCAGCCAGAUUAUCGAGGCCAAGACAUUGCAUGCCAAGGCUUUGUUCUCGCAGAAUGCUGAGCCAUUUAGACUCCGUGUGCUGGCAGAUGCGUCCUUCCACUACGAAGCCAGCUCGCCUCAUGCGAGGAGCGUGGGCGUGGCGGUCAAGGGUACGCCAUUGGACCGCGCGAUCCAGGACUUGGAGAGCGUCUUGGGCUCAGCGCACGGCGUUCCUCACAUGUGCCGCGCGCAGGUCAACUGUGCUGUGGGCUUUUCUGCCUUUGGCAAGACGUUGAUUGCCAUUGGCACAGAUUACGGUAUUUUCAUCUCCGACCCCUCAAACCCGCGCGGCUGGUCACGAUCAGUGCGUGCAACAAGAGUGACGCAGAUCGCCGUGCUAGAGGACUUCAAUGUCUGUCUCGUCAUUGCCGAUAAGUCGCUUCUCUCGUACCCUCUCGACGUUGUGGCGCCCGUGUCCGAAUUUGCGCCGCCCGCCUCAGACAAUGCACGACGGGCACCACAGCGCCUCGCCAAGGAUGUGACGUACUUUGCCACGGCACGUAUGAAGGACCGCACGCUCGUCUUUUACAAACGCAGAGAAGGCCUGCACACGUCAUUCAAAGUCGUCGAGCCGCUAUUCCACAAAGCGACGGAGAAGCGGUCUCGCAUCUUUGGCGGGCGCAAGUCGGCAGCGGGUAGUACCGACACAUUCCGCGACUUUGACGAGUUUUUCUUCCCAGUCGAGUGCUACUCGCUCAGCAUUUUCCAGACGUACAUUGCGGUAGCGACGGCCAAGGGCGUCGAGAUGCUGACGCUGGACCGCAAGCAACCCAUGUCGAUUCCGGACCUCAAGGCGCCAGCGAUUGCCAAUAUUGCUAGCCGGGUCCGUGACCAGAAGCCUCUGGGCAUGUUUCGGCUCAACGAGAAUGAGUUCAUCCUGACGUAUGAGGACUGUGCCGUGUACGUGGACAAGCACGGCGAGGUAUCACGCACGCUUAUCAUGGAGUACACGGGCAAGCAGAAGCGGGCGCGGGGCGCGACCAUGUACGGCCAGUACCUUCUGCUGUUUAACGAUGACUAUGUUGAGGUGCGCAACGCCGACAAUGGGCGUCUGCGACAGAUUAUUGCCGGCCGCGACGUUCAUGUCAUUGACAGCGGUAUCCGCGGGCCGACGGGCGAGAAUGCCGCCCAGGCCCAGCAGCUGCACGGGAACAAUGGCCAGAUGGCCACGGCGGGUGAUACUUCCAAGGGGACGGUCAAGAUUGCCAUGGCGCACCCUGAGCUGCCGGGGCGGCAGAUCGUUCUUGAGAUGCUCCUUAACGACGGUCAUUCUGAGACGUAG